CCACAAUCUAUAUUCUAUCUUGUUUCCUUUACGAGCAAAAUGACUUCAAGAUCAAGUAGUUACACCAUAGCUGAAGACGUUUUGUUGUGUCAAGUGUAUUUAGACAUAACUCAAGACCCGAUCAUCGGCAGAUAUCAAUCUGCAAAUGAUUUCUGGUCACGAGUUGAGGCUAAGUACAACGAACAGCGUCAACAAAAUCAAGAGCAUCGUAAUACACGUUCACUGCAUUCAAGAAUGGAUACAAUAAGUACGCAAGCACGGAAGCUAAAUGGGUGUGUGAAGCAACUUGAGAAUUUAAACCCAAGUGGUGCUUCAGAAAAAGAUAUUCUGGAUCGUGCUAAAGUUUUAUUUAUGCAAGAUCCAAAAAAUAUUCCAAGGGUGUUAAAUUUGACCAUGUUUGGAAUAUGAUUAAAAAAUUUGAAAAAUUUAAAGAUAAUGUGCCAACAGCAAGACAUGCUGCUCCAAAAAAAAAGACAAGUUAAUUACGACUCUUCCCAAUCAGACUCUCAUCCACCAUCUCCGAUUUCCUCAUCACCUGGAUUGUCAUCUUCGUUCAAUAAAGAAGUUGAUACUGAUUCUGGUUCUGAUUUUUCAACACGCCCAAUAGGGGUAAAAAAAGCCAAACUGAAGAAGAAAAAUGAUGAAGACACCACUAUUUUGCUUAAGUCGGUUAAGAGCGACAAUGAGCAACUUAUAGACACGUUGAAGAAAUCGUCGUUAGAUCGACAAGAACAAUUGCAAAUCCAGCGACAAAAUAUGGCAUACAAAGAACAGAAAAGAGAAAAUAAAAUAAUGUUCAUGGAUUUGAAUUCUAUUCACGAUCCACAAACGCGAGCGUAUAUCAUGGCAGAAAGAUCGAGAAUUUUACAAAAAGAAUCUCAAGAAGGAGGAUCAUCAGCUGGAUUUGGGAAUUUGUUUGAUGGUCUCGGAGGGUCUGGAAGCGGGUUGUAACACUUGAGAUUUAAUAUAAACGGAUUAAUAGUACUACUCAUACCAACAGAGAUGCAUCUCCUUUUAAGGGAGCUCAUCACCCAAGAACUCCAAAGUUAAGCGUGCUUGCACGGGAGUAGUCUUGGGAUGGGUGACCCCCUGGGAAGUUUCUCAGGGCGCGCAUGAGUGAGGACAAAGUGCGCGGUAAAGGCUUGUGGUGGUUUGUGAGGACAGUACUAGAGGUCUGAAGUAACUACCUCGGGUCCUGCGGGGCCGGGGUGUUACAGGUGGUAUCAGAGCAACCCCGCGACAGUGUAAUGACCCGUUGGAUAUCGGGCGGGCACUUAGCGGGGGAAGAUUCUGGGAUUCGAUUGAGAUUUGAGAUUGGUUCAAGGGCGCAACGAAGACGUUGCGAUCCUAAGUGGGGGUGAUUGUAACACUUGAGAUUUAAUAUAAACGGAUUAAUAGUACUACUCAUACCAACAGAGAUGCAUCUCUUUUUAAGGGAGCUCAUCACCCAAGAACUCCAAAGUUAAGCGUGCUUGCACGGGAGUAGUCUUGGGAUGGGUGACCCCCUGGGAAGUUUCUCAGGGCGCGCAUGAGUGAGGACAAAGUGCGCAGUAAAGGCUUGUGGUGGUUUGUGAGGACAGUACUAGAGGUCUGAACUCUGAAGUAACUACCUCGGGUCCUGCGGGGCCGGGGUGUUACACGGGUUGAAUGACUACUAAUUUCUAAAUUAGUAUGUACCAUGUAUGUUUUUAAUUAUGUUUUAAUUUUAAUUAUAAUGGUGUUAUUAAUUGUAAUUUUAAUUAUGC